AUGUCCCUGGCUGCUUAUUGUCUCAUCUGCUGUAGAAGAAUGGGAACCUCGACUCCUCCACCAAAAAGCAGCACAUACUGGAGAGAUAUCAGAAAUAUAAUAAAGUUUACUGGAUCACUUAUUUUAGGAGGCUCUUUAUUUAUUACAUAUGAAGUUCUGGCCUUGAAGAAGUCUUUGACAUUAGAUACUCAAGUGGUAGAAAGAGAAAAAAUGAAGUCAUAUAUAUAUGUGCACACAGUUUCUUUAGAUAAAACAGAAAAUCAUGGAAUCACCUACCAGGCAAGGAAAGAGCUUCACAAAGCAGUGAGGAAAGUAUUGGCAACGUCAGCCAGGAUAUUACAGGGUCCAUUUGCUGACACUUUUAGUACAGUCGAUAUAGAAGAUCACGACUGCGCUGUGUGGCUGCUGCUGAGGAAGAGCCGGUCGGAUGACAGGGCAGCCCGACUGCAGGCCGUCCAGGAGAUGUCGGAGGCCCAUCACUGGCACGAUUACCAGUACAGGAUAAUUGCUCAAGCCUGUGAUAUGAGAACUCUUACUGGUUUGGCACGAAGCAAAGAGAGUGAUCUUCGGUUUUUUCUCCGCCCUCCUCCUCUGCCAUCUUUAAAAGAAGAUUCUUCCACUGAAGAAGAGCUCAGACACUUGCUGGCUUCUUUACCUCAAACAGACCUGGACGAGUGUGUCCAGUGUUUUACAGCUUUGGCUCUGAGUGAGAGCAGUCAGAGUCUCGCUGCUCGGAAGGGUGGUUUAUGGUGUUUCGGAGGAAAUGGACUUCCUUAUGCGGAAAGUUUUGGAGAAGUUCCUUCAGCUACAGUGGAAAUGUUCUGUUUGGAAGCUUUAGUAAAGCAUUCUGAGAUACCCACACAUUGUGAUAAAAUUGAAGCAAAUGGAGGCUUGCAACUACUGCAGAGACUGUACCAACUUCACAAGGACUGUCCUAAAGUACAGAGAGAUAUAAUGCGUAUCCUUGGAAAUAUGGCUUUGAAUGAACAUCUUCAUUCUACUAUAGUUCGCUCAGGCUGGGUUUCCAUACUGGCGGAAGCAAUCAAGUCUCAGCACAUCAUGGAGGCCUCCCAUGCCGCCAGAACGCUGGCUAACCUAGACCGAGAGACUGUGCCAGACAAGUACCAGGACGGCGUGUACGUGCUGCAUCCGCAGUACCGCACCAGUCAGCCCAUUAAAGCAGAUGUCCUUUUUAUUCAUGGCCUGAUGGGAGCAGCAUUCAAAACGUGGCGCCAGCAAGACAAUGAUCAGGAUUUAACUGAAAAGGUCUCAGAAGAUGAAACCAAAUAUACAACGUGUUGGCCCAAGUCGUGGUUAGCAAGAGAUUGUCCUGCUCUCCGAAUAAUAUCUGUGGAGUAUGACACCAGCCUCAGCGACUGGAGAGCCAGGUGCCCUACAGAAAGAAAGUCCAUCGCUUUCAGAAGCAACGAACUUCUGAGGAAGCUCAGAGCUGCCGGUGUCGGGGACAGGCCAGUGAUGUGGGUGUCACACAGCAUGGGAGGUCUUCUUGUCAAAAAGAUGCUGUUGGAAGCCUCAAAGAAGCCGGAAAUGAGUACUAUUAUAAACAAUACCAGAGGAAUAAUUUUUUAUAGCGUUCCUCAUCAUGGAUCCCAUCUGGCUGAAUACUCUGUUAAUAUUCGCUAUCUUCUCUUUCCCUCUUUGGAAGUCAAAGAACUCAGCAAAGAUUCUCCCGCCCUUAAAACACUACAGGAUGACUUUCUGGAGUUUGCAAAAGACAAAAACUUCCAGGUGCUGAGUUUUGUAGAAACACUACCGACCUACAUUGGUAGCAUGAUUAAACUCCACGUGGUGCCCCUGGAAUCGGCAGAUUUAGGCCUUGGAGAUCUAAUUCCUGUGGAUGUUAACCAUCUAAACAUUUGUAAGCCAAAGAAAAAGGAUGCUUUUUUGUACCAGCGCACCUUACAGUUCAUCCGUGACGCUUUAGCCAAAGACCUGGAAAACUGA